CUCGCUUCUCCGGCGGAUAUCAUUAUUGAGGCGGGGAAGGGAUUGAUGAUGAUGAUGUUGAUGUUGAUGAUGAUGCUGCUGCUAAGUGGAUUCAACAACGUCCAGAAUAAAGCCCUGACGCAUCGGCAUGAGCAUUGAACCCUGAUAGAAGAGGAGCAGGAGAAUGAGACAGCGCUUUGUAGAUAAACAAUGGCAGCAGGGGCAUCGGAUGGUGAUUUACGGGGCGGUCUUCCUCAUCAUGACCCUCCUCAUCCUCUACAGCUCCAACAGCUCAGCUGAUCUUUACAGCCCCUUUAAAGUCAACGAGUUUCACCACGCCGUCAAACACACCAACCUCAAGAAAUGGGCCGGGAAGGAGGGAUACAUUCCUGUUUACGGCAACAAGAGCAUGAAGCUGCACUGCCAUCAGUGUGCGUUAGUGACCAGCUCCAGUCACGUGUUGGGGACUCACGCCGGAGACGAGAUCGACCGCACAGAGUGCAUCAUCCGCAUGAACGACGCCCCAACCUCCGGCUACGAAUCAGACGUGGGGAACCGGACCAGCGUGCGCGUCGUGGCUCAUUCCAGCGUCUUCCGGGUGGUUCGCAAACCUGCCGAGUUCCUCAAUCGCUCAGAGAGUCCUGCCAUCAUAUUCUGGGGCCCGUCGACGAAGAUCGGCCGCGAGGCGAAGGGAACGCUGUACCGUCUGAUCCAGAGAGUCAGCAUGACCUACAGUAACCUGUCCUUCUUCCUCAUCUCUCCCAGCAAAAUGCAGAGGUUCGACACGCUCUUUCAGAAAGAGACCGGCCGAGACAGAAAAAAGUCUCAGUCCUGGUUAAGCACAGGCUGGUUUACCAUGGUCAUAGCCAUAGAGAUGUGUGACAACAUAAAGGUUUAUGGGAUGGUGCCGCCAAAUCAUUGUGGGAAGCGUCCUCAGCCCAAACGGAUGCCCUAUCACUAUUACAAACCAAGAGGUCAGGAUGAGUGUGUGAUGUACCUCCAGAACGAGAGGGGGCGCCGCGGAUCACACCACCGCUUCAUCACUGAGAAACAGGUGUUUGCACGCUGGGCCAAGCAGUACAACAUCAGCUACAGCCACCCGACCUGGUGAGAGACACGUAAUGUACCUCUGUGACCUUCUGAUCCAAGAUGGCUACCACUUCAAAUCGCCUGCUGGUUUCUCUUUGAUCUGGACCAGUGGUUGAGCCAAAAUGGAGGCCAUGCAGGGAUCCAGGAAGUGGACAAUCUUAGUUUUUCUUAGGAACACAUGAUGGAACGUUUAUUGUCUUAAGCAUGACAGUUACGUACUACGGCCGUGAAGUUUUCCUAAGCCUUCUUUUACACAGUUUUUCACCCACAAUCGGUCAUUUCUCAGAGAAUGCAGGCCUUUUGGAUGGAGAAUGAAAGAGGAAUCCUUUAUGUCAGUUGCCAAAUGGGAGAUUCAUUCACAUCUUGUGGUACAAUCAACACAUCUGAAUGUUAGUCACGUGAAACUACCAGGGAAUAGGAAGGAGAAUUUAUCAACUUUACAAGAUUAAGAGUAUAUUUUAUUGUGUACAUAAGAAUGUCAGUUGUUAUUCCAAAAAAAAAAAAAAAAAAAUUUGUACAAGUUUAUAUGGUUUUAAAAUGCC